ACGAGCAAGCGGAAGUGCCUUGCUCAGGCUGCCGAGCUAGCAAGGCUAGGCUAACUAGCUGGUGUGUAAACACGGUAGGAAGUUGGGUAGCUGUGUUGCUUUGAUUAGUGUGCUUUUAUUUUCCUUUAUUGGACGCCUAGAGUGAAACAACAACCACAGACAACACGGUGGAGGAACAACCGAAGCGGCCGCUGUCGGUUAAAACUCGCAACGGCGACGUUUGUAGUGCGGUCGAAAUGUCCUCUUUCUCCGAGGCGGCUCUAGAGAAGAAGCUGUCCGAGCUCAGCAACUCCCAGCAAAGUGUGCAGACGCUGUCGCUGUGGCUCAUCCAUCACAGGAAACACGCCAAGACCAUCGUGGACGUGUGGUUUAACGAACUCGUCAAAGCUCAGGUACCACGCAAGCUGACCUUCGUGUACUUGGCUAACGAUGUCAUCCAGAACAGCAAGAAGAAAGGACCAGAAUUCACGCAGGAUUUUGCGCCGGUCAUCGUCGGCGCGUUCAAACAUGUUCACAGGGACGGAGAGGACGGCUGCAAGAAGCAGCUUGGCCGGGUGUUGUCUAUCUGGCAGGAGAGAGCCGUGUACGACAGCGACCUGCUGGACCAGCUCUCACAAGUCCUCUACGGCGACAAGAAGGCCAAGAAGAGACCCUACGAGUCCAUCCAAGCCUCAGAGGACCACUUUGCCUCCAGGAGUUCCCCAGGGGAGCCCCCACAGGUCCUGGUCCUGACGACGUCCGAGUUGAUCCGAGCGCUCCAGGAGCUGGAGAACGCCACCUCGGGAGACUCGCUGUUGCGUCAGCGCAUCUCCUCGCUUCCCGCCGAAGUGCAGGACACAUCCUUGCUUCACAGGAUCACAGAUAAGGAGUCGGGGGAGCGCAUCUCGCGGCUGGUUGAUGACGCCUGCAUGCUGCUGGCCGACUACAGCGGCCGCCUGGCGGCGGAUAUUGACGACCGGCGGCAGCUGACGCGCACGCUCAGCAGCUUCCUGCAAAGCCAGAAGGACGGCCUGGUCCAGAACGAGCAGAAACUUGAAGUCAUUUCCAACUGUUGUCUUCUCACACACACACCUGCUGGAGUUUGGAGCUGAUUGCAGGUUUGUUGUCCACGCGGCAGGAGAACCACGUCCCUCUUGCCACUUUGGAAUGGAAACAAAAAAAAGAGACAAUUCAAAUAAAGGAAAGUCGUCUUGUCAGUGCUCUUUUUUUUUACCUUUCACAUGUUCCAAGACUAACACAUUUCUAGUCCAGUAGAAUAGGAUGCAGCUGUCCAUUGUUCUGCUGAUUACUUUGUUCCGUUUAUUAAGUCAUUUGAUUUUAAAAAAUGCAUAUUUUUAGGGUAAAUAGUUGAAAUAAACUUACCAUAAUCUUCAUUACCUUCUUUGACCUUAUUUUACUUUGUUUUAACUUAUUUUACCUCUUUUUUUUAACCUUCUAUUUAACUUAUUUUAUAUAUCAUUUACCUUGUAUUUAUUUUACCUCUUAUGUACCUUCUAUUUAAUUAUUUUACCUUUUAUUUAUCUUCUAUUUACCUUAUUUUACCUCUUAUUUACCUUAUGUUACCUCUUAUUUACCUUCUAUUUAAAUAUUUUACCUUUUAUUUAUCUUCUAUUUAAUUUAUUUGCCUUCUAUUUAAAGUGCCUUCCUUGACUGUCUUUUACCUUCUUCUUUUUUAAAUCUUAUUUUACCUUUUAUAUUCCUUAUUUUACCUGCUUUUUAAAAUAUUUUACCUUUUAUUUAACCUCUUUACCUUUUUAUUUAACCUACUUUACCUUUUAUUUGCCUUAUUUACCAUGUAUAUAUCUUGUAUUUAACUUACUCUCUUUUCUUUAUCUUCUCUUUAACUUAUUUUACCUUCUAUAAUUUAUUUUACUUUUUAUUGACCUUUUUAUUUACAUUUACCUUUUUGACUUUUUAUUUAGCGUCUAUUCCAUUUGCUUUACCUUCUGUUAUGCAGUCCGGGUGUUGUAAAUGUUCAUUAGUUACACUCAAACGAUAAAUUGAAGCAACAGAAAAUUAAUCCAAGCUUUUUUGUAAUCAAAUGAAUGGAUGACUGCUUGUAGCCCUACAGUAGUGACUUGGUUAAUGAUACGUUCUGCAAGUGACGUUGUUAACCAGGUUUUCCCAAAGGAGACAAUGUAAAAAACAGAGACAUGCAGAAAAUAAAUAAAUUGUUCAUGAAAAGGAAAGUGACCAGAGAGGAGCGCAGAGGAAAAUGUAAACAUCAAACGUUAAAAAACACUUUUUUUCUUUAUCUGAGGUAACACUGUAACAGAUUUUUAAAAAUUGUAUUUUUUAUUUUUUAUUUUAAUGUUCGUUUUUAAACCAAAAAACCAUUACAACAAGCUAAUUAAUUUUUAAAAAUUAUUUUAUGUUUGUUUUAACCGAAAAUAACGUUACAAGACAUUCUUUAACUGAGGCACCACUAUAUUAGCGGUUGUUUUAUUUUAAUCAUUUUAAUGUUUGUUUUUAACGGAAAUUA